AUGUUCCCAAAUGGCAUCAACCGCCGAUAUGCGAUCUUCGCAGGCUUUGUACUAGUUAUGCUAUGGCUCUGGGUAGCCUUCGAUCGACCAUACAGUCUUCCGUCACAUUUUUCCUGGAAUCCGUACUCUAACACUGGCCAAAGUGAUUUAGCGAAAGACAUCUUCGAUUUCCCCGCAAUCGAAUCCAAUGCUAUCCGUGAGGUAUGUGGGAGAACUGAAUGGAAUUCGAGUGUUAUAUUCACAUGCGAUAAUAACCAUGGAGGUGUGGGACACGUUCGAAAUUCCAUUUUGAACUGUGUUCGUUUUGCCAUCUCCGCUGGAGCAGGCCUGGUUUUACCGAACAUUGCUCUGAGAGACAUGGAAGACGAUACUGUUAUAAUAUGGGAUGAGCCAGUACAGGAGCCGAUGAGAAAAAGACAUGGACCAGGACGAAGGGGCAUGGAGCAUAUGUUUGACGUCCCGCAUUUCCUGGAAUCUCUUCAUUUGUCGUGCCCAAAAAUGCCCCUUUUUGAAGACAUGGGAGACAGUUUUGGUGGCCGUCGAAGAGGCCUUUUACCUGAAAGCUUGGUGGAUAAUCACCCUACAUCCGGACUAGAACACCCUGAGCAGUGGAGGAAAAUGUUUUACGGCUGGGUGGACAAAUAUAUGGUCAAACCAUCAGAUUACACGAGGGACGAGCCCAUAAUCGUCGAUCUCGACCAAUCUUUCCUUGUGUAUCCAACGCAUUCCGACAGCCAUGAAUUCGCUCAUGAUUUUGGGAAGAUAUUGAAGUUCCGCGAAGACACACGCAGACUCGCAACAGCUGCUCUGGUAGAACUACUUGAGUGGCAUGAUAGCGAUGGGGACAUUCGAGAUCCUAUCAUGAAUCCCUCUUUCUUCGGUGCGCACAUUCGUACUGAGCCGGAAGUAUCACACGAAUCAGAUCUGCUUCGCCGUCACGAUACGCCGCAACCUUUUAUGGAAUACAAUGCUCAAGCUACCGCUUACUUGACACAAGCCCAAGAGGGCAAUAUGUCUAUUAUCUACGCUACUUCCGGAAAUCUUUCUAAUAUGGCACUUCUUAGACAUCAUGCCAUGCAUUGGGAUAUCGAGGUCACACAUAAAUUCGCCUUACUCAAGGACAACCAUCGUGAUGAGUUAGAGCGUCUUACAUGGGAUCAACGAGCAUUGAUAGACUUCAUGGUUUUGACCAAAGCUCAGUCAUUCGGUGGAGUGGCACAUUCAUUCUUUUCUUGGAAUCUGGCAUUGAAGAGACACCAGCUAGCCAAAGAGGCCGGCCUGGAAAAAGAUGGAAAACACUCGACAUUCUCAGGAAAGGGGGUUUUGAGUGAGGAUGGCACUUGGAGUGAUGGUUUGAGUCACAUAUAUGGCAAUAGAAAGAGCUAUUUUGAGAGCUCGAAGUGUAUGUGGGAAUGA